UGUAGCAGGCAUCACCCAAAAAAUGGUGCACCGUUCGAUACUGUGCUGCCUGGUUGUGGCUCUGGUUCACCUGGGCCAGUGUUCUCGUAUAGUGCCACCGCUGUACCGUUACGAUGACUACUUCCAGUGCCAACGCAAGUCCCAAUCCGGAGUGUUCUGUUUCGUCAAGGUGGUCCUCAGCGAGCAGCGACAGUCGUUUCAGGAUUCUCCAAGGCUCGAUACAAGUUUUCGUCAUGAUCUGCUGGAUUGGGGAGUUUGCGUUUCGGACUGUCAACGGGAGCUGGCGGACAUGUCUACAGAGCAGCGUCAACGGCUGUUUCUGCCCAAAUUUCAAAUUAAUUUCAAGUACAUACUCCCAGCAGAUCACUGGGGUACGUACGUGGAGAACUUCAAACUACGCUACGGUACGCUGAUCAACGUAUGUGUAAACAAUCGUCUGGAGCAUGAGUACAACAUCAGCAAGCUUGCGUACUCAGAGAUUGAGUACUGCACCACUCGAGACGAAUUGGAUUUGCGCCAUAGGAAAACUUCGGGACUAGUGACCGUCGCGUUCUACGCAACAGUUCUGAUGCUGAUCGGUUUAACCGCGGUGGGCAACGUGGUCGAUUUGAUUGGCGGUGAUCGAACAAGAGAGCACAUCAUCGUGUCAUCGUUCUCGAUUCGACGCAACUGGGCACGAUUGACGGAUCAGCCCAAAAGUAUGCUAUACCGGGACUUUGGUUACAUCGACGGACUACGGGUGUGUGCAAAUUUCUACCUGAUGAUCGUACACAUUAUAUUAGUUACCGCGGUGAUUCCUGUUGGAAAUCCGGAAUACAGUGAAACUAUACUGAAGACUCCACUGAUGAUCGACUUAAUUACUUUAUCUCCAACUGGGGCACAGCUAUUCUUCGUCAUAGGCGGGUUGCUUUUGGCCGUUACAGUACUACAGGACAUGAGUCAGAAACCGCACCUUCAGAAUGGAUACUUCCGAACAAAGAUACGCUCAAGGUUAAUUCGAAUUGUUCCGGUAUACUUUUUCUGCUUGUUGGUUACCUUGAUGGGCGAUGAGUUGCCAGGAGUACAGCUGGGUCCUGUGGGGUACAAAUCACUCAUUCAAGAGCAAGGACGAUGUCGGAAGAAGUGGUGGGCUAGUGUGCUGUUUGUGAACAAUUUUGCAGUAUUUGGUAAGGAACGAUGCAACAUCCAUGGUUGGUAUUUGUCAGCCGAUUUCCAGCUGUUUUCAGCAUCUCUUUUGCUACUUUUGGCACUGGGAAAGUAUCCAAAAAGGGCAAAAGCUGUACUUUGGACUUGUGCGAUAGUCGCUUUGACCAUUCCCAUUGUUAUCAGCUACUAUCUAGGGCUGGGUUCAGCCGCACCGGUCAGCUUAAGUGAUGCUCAAUACGAGUUCAUGCACCAGCCAUGGUUUAAUCAUGUUUACACACCGAGUUACACAAACAUGAACAGCUACUUGGCUGGAAUGAUCGUUGGAUAUCUGUACCACCACACCAAGUACCACAGGCUUAAUCUGGACAAUUCUAUGUUGUUUGGCGUAAUCAAAAAGCUGUGUGUGCCUAUUCUAGCAGCAGCUUACCUUCCAACGUUUCUCUUCUAUCAGUACGAAAUCCCUCGCUCUUCUUGGUUGACGGUACUGCAUAACAUCUUGUACCAGAACGCCGCAGUAAUCGCACAGUCAGUGUGCUUCAUCGAGUGCUUCCGGAAUCCAUCAGGAAAAAUCCGUGCCUUCCUCAGUUCCCCAGCAAUGACCAGCCUGGGCAAGCUGGUGUACUGUGUGUACGUGUUGCACUUUAUCGUAUUGCGACUCAUCGUGAACCAGUUUACACCGGAAUACACACUAAACUUUGUGAACGUACCGUGGAUUGCGGUUGGUGUAACAAUUCUCUCAUAUCUUGUUGGACUGGUAGGUUAUUUUAUUAUCGAACAACCGCUUGGUAUGCUUCUAAAGCACAUGUGGGAUGGUGGUCGAAAAAAGAUUAAAAUUUUUUGAAGGCAUUUUGCUUUUCUACACACCUUUGUCCUGAACACAAGUACAAAAGCACAUAUAAGAACAUAGGUGGUUCAAACAAGAAAUAAGCAAAAGCGUUCCAACAGCAAAAAAAAAUUAUAAAAAAUAGCUCAAAAUCCAGUAUAAUCAAACAGUUACGAUACUAGCCGCCCGAAGAAUUCAGCGACGUCAUCAAUAUUGCCAGAACUGGGCCAUCCAUACCACGAACAACGAAAGUUAUACGGUCAGCAAAAUCUCUGUACCUCAGGUGUG